UUUUCUGUAGAGGAGGGAGUUUGUAAGUUGUAACCCUAACUCUCCAAAUCUCCAUACUCCAUCCCGUAGGAAUUUCGCGAUUACAAGGAGAUUGCCUCCUCUCUCUGCUGAUUACAGGUUCAAAUUCACCCAUUUCAGAUAGAUCUCAGAACCUGAGACCCGAGGAAGCUGUAGAAAAUGCUGUUCUUUUCAUAUUUCAAGGAAAUUGUGGGGCGUGAAGUGGUCGUGGAACUGAAGAAUGAUUUAGCCAUUAGGGGCACCCUCCGUUCGGUUGAUCAAUACCUCAAUAUCAAGCUGGAAAACACUAGGGUUGUUGACCAAGACAAGUAUCCUCACAUGCUAUCCGUGAGGAACUGCUUCAUAAGAGGCUCAGUCGUGAGAUAUGUCCAACUGCCACCAGAUGGAGUUGAUAUUGAAUUGCUUCAUGACGCCACAAGGAGAGAAGCUCGAGGCGGUUAGAUAUGUCACACACUGAUACUUGGUAGCAAGCAUUAUUUGAUGGAUCUUGUGCGGACUGACUUUACCUGCUAAGAGUGUUUCGUUUUGGUUCGGAUAUUGGUAGUGGCGUUAGUUCAAUGCUCCGGACGCUCUUUAUAUGUUCUGGGGCAUAUAGGUUUACCAAUUGUAAUGAAAUUAGCUGUAAGUGACCUUAUACAUUUGUUGCGAUGGUGAAUGUUAGAAAAUCCUGAGAUUAUGAAAUAUGCUUGCACAGCUGAAAACCUGGAGUUAUUUAUGCAUUUUUUUGUCAAGCCCAAGCGAUACAUUUUUA